AAAAGGGAGGAAUGCGGGUAGAAAAGAGGCGAGUGUCGCGUCGCAGAGGAGACACCAUGACGCUGCUCGGGGGACAGGACGCGCCGCGGCUUCACCUGGGAAUGGACGGGUUGUGCUCACCUGAAUAAAUGAGCCGCUUGGUUUUAUAGCAUUAAUCGAAGAGACUUUUUUUAAAUUCGAUGACACCUCGGGGAUCACUGCGAAUGCUCCGAGGGAUUUAACUUGAAGCUUUGUUCAUUUUUAACUUUUAACUCGGAAGUAUUGUCUUAUUUUUUUGUUGGAGGACUUAUUUUUCAUCGUGUUGCUGAACUGGUCGCUAAUUGGCAGCUUUAAACAUGGCACUUUAUCUAGAAGGUCUGAGUAAAGGAGUGACCCACGAAGGGAUGGCUCAGUUCCAGGAGAUGAUGCGGCAGCAGCUGGAGAGCUCCAUGCACGCCGAGCUGGAGAAGCUGCUGGACACCGCCGCGGGGGAAGAGCGGGAGGUGUCCCGGAAAGACUUUGAGGGCUUUAAGAAUCUUUUCCACAGAUUCCUGCAGGUGAAGGGUCCGUCGAUCGAGUGGAUCAAGAUCCAAAGACCUCCAGAGGACUCGAUCCAGCCGUACGAUAAGAUCGCCGGCAGCGCUCCGCCGGACAACGUGGCCGACUGCCUGAACAAGCUGGUGGUGGUGAAGCUGAACGGGGGCCUGGGCACCAGCAUGGGAUGCAAGGGCCCCAAGAGCCUGAUCAGCGUCCGCAACGAGAACACCUUCCUGGACCUGACGGUGCAGCAGAUCGAGCACCUGAACAAGACGUACAACACAGACGUGCCGCUGGUCCUCAUGAACUCCUUCAACACAGAUGAGGACACAAAGAAGAUCCUGCAGAAGUACACACACCACCGGGUCAAGAUCUACACCUUCAACCAGAGCAGGUACCCUCGGGUCAACAAGGAGUCCCUCCUCCCGGUGGCCACCGGCCUGAGGAUGACGGGGCAGAGCGCGGAGGGCUGGUACCCGCCGGGCCACGGAGACAUCUACGCCAGCUUCUACAACUCGGGCCUGUUGGAGCAGCUGAUCGCGCAGGGCAAGGAGUACAUCUUCGUGUCCAACAUCGACAACCUGGGGGCCACCGUGGACCUGCACAUCCUGCACCACCUGGUGAACCAGCCCAACGGCAAGCGCUGCGAGUUCAUCAUGGAGGUGACGGACAAGACGCGCGCCGACGUCAAGGGCGGCACGCUGAUCCAGUACGAAGGGAAGCUGCGUCUGCUGGAGAUCGCCCAGGUGCCCAAAGCCCACGUGGACGAGUUCAAAUCCGUCUCAAAGUUCAAGAUCUUCAACACCAACAACCUGUGGAUCUCUCUGAGCGCCAUCAAGAGGCUGCAGGAGCAGAAGGCCAUGGACCUGGAGAUCAUCGUCAACCCCAAGACUCUGGACGGCGGGCAGAACGUGGUCCAGCUGGAGACGGCGGUCGGCGCCGCCAUCAAGUGCUUCGACAACGCGCUGGGCAUCAACGUGCCGCGCAGCCGCUUCCUGCCGGUGAAGACCACGUCGGACCUGCUGCUGGUCAUGUCCAACCUGUACAGCCUGGACGCCGGCUCCCUCACCAUGAGCCCCAAGAGGGAGUUCCCCACCACGCCGCACGUCAAGCUGGGAAGCUCCUUCACACAGGUCCAGGAGUACCUGACCCGCUUCGAGAGCAUCCCCGACAUGCUGGAGCUCGACCACCUGACGGUGUCCGGAGACGUGACCCUCGGGAAGAACGUCUCCCUCAAGGGCACCGUCAUCGUCAUCGCCAACCACGGCGAUCGGAUCGACAUUCCCGCCGGCUCCAUGCUGGAAAACAAGAUUGUGUCUGGGAACCUUCGCAUUAUGGACCACUGACGUCUAUACACACACACACACACACACACACACACCCUCAUCAUGUGACCCAGUCUGCCUCAUCCCAGUCACGUGACCUGUGUCCCGUCUCAGCCCACCGUGAGAUGAACUGGUUAUUAUUGGCUAAUUUGAUCUUUAAUAGUGUUAAUAAUGAGCAACUUGUAGACGCCGUGUGUCCUUCAUGUAACACGAUCACAGGAUCCUAUUUGUUUAUCCCAUGAAGAUUGAUUCAUGGUUAUAAUCCGUAUCUGAGCCUCAAGUGGAAACCUCCCCCAGGUGUGUGUGUGUGUGUGCCUUUUUGCUACCCUCCAGUCUUUUGUUAUACGUAAUAUCCGUGUGUGUGUUCAAGGUAAGCCUUUCUUUGUACACUCCUCCUGCGUGACGUCUGCUCACAUUAUGACCUUCAUGCCCUGUGAAACCUCCACGAGGCCUCGGCCCAUCCGUCUCACACACACACACACACACACACACACAGCCUGUAAGCAGCAAUAAGUGUUGAUCUGUGACGAGGUGUCGGCUUCCUCGGAGAUGAAUAAAGUGCAAUAUGACGUAA